CCCCCGGGGUGGGGGGCGGGGUGGGCGCCGGUGCCGCGAUGCUGGGCGUCGUGGAGCUGCUGCUGUUGGGGGCUGCGUGGCUGGCGGGCCCAGUCCGCGGGCAGAAUGAGACGGAGCCCAUUGUGCUGGAGGGCAAGUGCCUGGUGGUGUGCGACUCCAACCCCACGUCUGAUCCCACGGGCACAGCUCUGGGCAUCUCUGUGCGCUCCGGCAGCGCCAAGGUGGCUUUCUCUGCCAUUAGAAGCACCAACCACGAGCCGUCCGAGAUGAGUAAUCGCACCAUGAUCAUCUACUUCGACCAGGUACUAGUGAACAUCGGGAACAACUUUGAUUCAGAACGCAGCACUUUCAUCGCCCCGCGUAAAGGGAUCUACAGUUUUAACUUCCACGUGGUAAAAGUCUACAACAGACAGACAAUCCAGGUGAGCCUCAUGUUAAACGGAUGGCCGGUGAUUUCAGCCUUUGCUGGUGACCAGGACGUGACCCGGGAGGCCGCCAGCAACGGAGUUCUUAUCCAGAUGGAGAAAGGCGACCGAGCAUACCUCAAGCUGGAGCGGGGAAACUUAAUGGGAGGCUGGAAGUACUCGACCUUUUCCGGAUUCCUCGUAUUCCCCCUCUGACUGACUCAUCGCCGGGAUGCAGGCAGGGAGAGGGCGAAGGCAGGAGGAAGGCAGGAGGGGGAAUGAGAAAGAGGCCGAAAUUUAGAGGACGAGAAAGCGGCACGACUUGAAACUUCCUACUUGUUCCCCAGCCCAGCUGUAUCCGGGUAAACGUUGUGCGCCGGCGGUGGGAAAACUUGGUCCGAUUCCUCAUUAGGAGAAGUAAAUUCCGCUUAGCUCUGCGCACUCUCCUUUCGAAAAAUAAACUCGCCUCCCCCAUUCCAGUUGCGGUAACCAAGAAAGAGAGACUGCGUUGUCAUUGUUUCUUACCCACUUUCAUGUUCCCUUACAAUUUAUAUAAAGGAAACUUUGUAUUUCACUGUAUAAUGUGAAAUAUCUUCCUCUUCAGUCCCCCUCUGAAUCUUUACAUCUGCUGAAAUCUAAUAUGCCCCUCCCACCUCCCCAUGUUUAAUUUGGAGAAGGGGAUAAGGUGUUUUUGUUUUUGUUUUGGAUGGGGGAGGUAAUUUUAAUUUGGCAAGUAUUGCUCUUAAAACACUGCUCAAAGGUUAAUUAGCUGAAGAUACUUUGUAUCCGUGGCUGCUUGUUAGCAGAGAAAGAACUCAACCUUAGUGGUGACUGGUUUAAAAUAAAUAUAUAUAUGUAUAAAUAUAUAUCAUUUGUACACGAAGAACUGUUCCCAGUGAAAACUGGCUGUAUUUCCGUAUUUCUAUGUCCUAUUCGGAGUGAUCGUGAAAUCUAAGGCUGCUUGAUGUUCCGAUGCUUGUCAAUGCCCUCGUGUUCUGUGGCUCCACUAAACGCCAGGAGGUUCUUCCGGAUGCUUCCUUGUCCUCUGUAACAUACGUGUGAAUAGCUAAGAUUUAAUUUUGCUUCAAUUGAAUAAAAUUGAAGUGGGACUUUUAUUUUUCUGAAACAGCUUUCUAAACUCCACAUCUUCCCCAGCUACGAGGUUUGGGGGCGGGGUGCGGAAGGGUGAGGUGCUGAGGUGCAGAAGACUUGGUAAAUUGCAACCCGAGAAAGGCCAGGGCGGGAGGGAUUCUUUGCGAAGUCGGCCUGCGCUCCUUCCUGCUCCAGGCUUAGAGCCAGCCCGGCAUUCGCCUGUGCUCCCCAUUUUGGCGCAAACGGUAAGGAAUUUGGCCGAUAUCUUUCCAGGCCAGGCGCGGCUCCCGGCAUGGAAAUCAAGUUUGGGUGUUCCGAAAUUCAAAUGAAUUAGGAAUAAUCUCAGUUCGAGGAGCCGGAAUGAGCUUGCUCUGAGCGGCAAGCUUCCCACGCCCCUGCCCCGGAUUUCUCCAAUCGUCCGCUCCACAGUCCCCGAAGCAGCGUGUUUUGUACCGCCGCCUCCGAAGCCAGAGUCCGCCCGCGGUAUUACUCAGGCUCUCUGUGAUUGAGCCCAUCCCAGGACUUUUAUUCAAGAGGAUCGUCCAGGAGUUUUGAUUGUAUCGGAACAUAAUGUGAAAGCAAAAUUGAAAUAAACGACUUCUUUAAGUCUGGAA